UUGAACGAGGGCGCGGGCUUGCUACGGGCGAUGCAGUUCAGCGGGAUGCUCGCAUUGAUCUGCGAGCCCAAGAAGAAGAACCCCUCGUGGUGGAAAAAGCUCAUCGAAGAGUACUUCCUUACUACGGCCGUCUUUAAGCUGACCCUGCUCGACUACGACUCGGAAUCGGUGCGUGAAGAUAUCCGUAUCUUCAGGAUCCCCUUCCACGUCAUGCCACGCUUUUUCUUUACUGCUGCGAUGGCCGGCAACACCUGCUCGUACUUCACGAUGCCAGGCUUGCGAGAGCGGGUAAUGACGCAGGUGACGGCCACCACACCGGGGCAUCUCAUCGUCGAGUGCAUGGAGGCACAUUGGACGUUUAGGUACGAGAACGGCUGGAUCGUAAAUCUGAAGGGUCCGAUGACAUUUCACAUCCGUGUA